AUGACUACGUUAAAUAUCUCUCAAACUUCGAAUACUGACGAAGCAUGUUCAAUAUGUUUAAGUCCUUUGACACAACGAGACUUAGAUGUAUUUACGACGACAUGUCAUCAUAAAUUUCAUUUCCAAUGUUUAGCAAAACAUAUUCGAGCAAAAAAUAAUCAAUGUCCUUUAUGUGGAACUCGUCUCAAUUCAUUAGUUAACAUCCUCAAUUGUUCAUCGACCAUCACCACUACUACUACUAAUAAGACACCAUUAGCUAUUCAAAAUGUUCGAAAACAAGAGGUAGCAUCUAUACAAACUAUACCAUCAACAAAUCGGAAAAAUACAUGGACUAAAUUAACAAAAUCAUUAAGUAAAGCAUUUAGGUUGAGAAGGCCUACAUCGAGAAUAUCUAAUAGUCCUGGCACAUCUAAUGCUUCGCGCAUAUCUAGGCCUUCAAUUAAUAGUAGCAAUAGAAGUUUCAGACCCAAUUUUUCUAAUCAAAAUUCUUCAGCAGAAGAUCUUAUCGAUGAAAAAGCUGUUCGUGCUCUUUCAGCUCGUAUUCAAGCUGCUCGUCAACAAUACAAAGAAGGUGAUCAUGAAUUUCCAUUGAUUACUUUAACUACUACAUUAGAAUUUGGUGGACAAGAAUCAACAAAAGAAUCAAAUAUUUAUGGAAUGGUUACAUUAAAAGCUCCCUCCAUAUUUUCUAAUAUAACAAACGAAAAAGAACUUGAUGAAUUGCAUGUACCAAUAGAUCUUGUUUGUGUUGUUGAUCAAAGUAUUUCAAUGUUAAAGGUUAAAAUGCCUUUAUUGAAAGAGACUUUAAAUUAUAUAGUUGAUCAAAUGGGAUCUCUCGAUCGUUUAUCUAUUAUUUCAUUUAAUACUCAAGCAUUUGAUCGUUCAAAUGGUCUUAAAUUAAUGACACUAGAAAAUAAACAAGCAAUUCGUAAUGCUAUAACAAAUGAGAUUAGUGCAGUCGGUGGUACCCUUAUUGGUAAUGGUCUUACAAUGGCGAUUGAACAAUUAAGAAAUCGUCGAACAACGAAUCCAUUAGGUGCCAUACUACUUCUAACUGAUGGGCAAGAUAAUCUACCUCAUGAUUAUACAAGCUUAAUGGAAUCUUUACCUGAAGAUGUUGUCUGUCAUUCGUUUGCUUAUGGACCUGAUCAUAAUGCCGGUUUACUUUCUCAAUUAGCUGAACAAGGUCAUGAAGGUACUUUUACAUAUAUCGAUCAAGUUGACGCAAUAGGACCAUCAUUUGGAACAGUACUUGGUGGUCUUUUCACAUGUAUUGCAAAACAAUUAUACAUUAAAUUAGAAUUUGAUCAGGAUUAUAAAAUUACUCAUACUCAUACAACUUAUAAAUAUAAAUCGAAAGAUUUACCAUCUGAACAAUUAACAUUUAACAUGACUGAUCUUAAUGCUGAUGAAAAUCGAAAUCUUGUUUUUCAAUUAUCUGUACCAAUCAUAAAGUCUUCAAAUGAAGAUAACGCAAAUAAUAAUAUUAUUGGUCAUGCAUCUCUUCAAUAUAUCGAUACUUAUAGCAAUCAAAUAAUUCAUACUCCUUCAGUUCCAUUUAUUCUUUCUCGUCCGAAUCAGAUCGAUCCACAAUCAUCACUUUUACAAAUUAAUCAUACACUUGAUGUACAACGUAAUCGAGCUGAAACAAGUCAAAUAUUAAGACGAGCUGUUGAAAUUCACGAUUAUACACAUGCUCAUGAAAUAAUUAAAAAUCAAAUAGAAAAAAUUCGUUCAUCAAUUUCAGCUCAAGAUCCUUUAUGUCAACAAUUAAUAUGUGAUUUAGAACAUCAAUAUUCAAAUCAACGUGAAUUUAAAACAAUAAUGACAAAUACGUAUAGACAACAUGGGCAAGAACGUGCUACAUAUUCAACGAAUAAAACAACAAGCACAGCUCAUUAUAUGACAUCAGGUCAAGAACGUUUAAAAAAGAAAUUUGUAGAAUAA